CCAAGAAACGAUUUGUUACUAGUUUAGAACUAAAAAUAAAGAAUUUUUGUUAAUUAAUUUGUUUUAAUUUAAACUUAAAUAGUUAAAUAAGUUAAUUAAGAAAAUAACACAAAACUUCAAUCACACAUCGUGCACCUGCCUACGUUAUGUCUGCUGAAAAUGCUAAAACAACUUUCAAAUCAGUUUCAAUCAAAAACGAACCAAUGACACUCAAUGGCAGUGCUGACGCGACUUUCCGGCUCUCUUCGUUCUCGAUGCCUCGAGAUUUGACUCUGGGUGGCGCUGGUCGUGGAGGACGUGGGGCCGGUGCUAACAAAAAAGUCUUCACACCAAAUCUCAAUGUUACCCGCAACAAAAAUGCGAAUGUAAAAACCUCGAAAGACACAUCGGCUCGUGGCAGGGGCCGUUCUGACCGCGGCAAGACGGAGCGAGGUCGUGGUCGAGGUGCGGCACGAGGUGGCAGUAACCUCAUUCAAACAGCUGGUGUUUUCUCCGAAGGUGCUGGAGCACUGAGCUUGAGAAAACAAAUGUCCAGCGGUUACAGUCGUUCGGAUGAUGCUCCGUCGGCGAUGAGAAAGCCCACACUCAUCAAACCCGAAGGUGGCUUUAAGAUCGAUGUCCGAGCCGAACAAGAGCACAUACGUGAGCUACUUGGUGACUCGGACGACGAUGAUUUCGGGGACAAGAAAUCAGAUCCAGAUUGGGUUCCAAUUAAACUAAGUGAAGCCAAAUGGAAAGAUUUUAAAGUUGAAAAGGUUGAGAAAGUUGAGAAAAUUGAGAAAAAGGAGAAUGAUGAUGUUGAUGUUGAUGAAGUGAAGGCUGAAGUUGUUGUGGAAGAAAAAGAAAAGCCUGAUGCCAUAAUGCAAAAGAUUCAAUCUCUGCAUCUCAAUCGAACCGAAACCAACACACCUCGAUAUCCAUUGACUGUGGACGAUCUUCUCAACAAUACUCAACCACAAAUAUUUAUGAUGCAGUUACCAGAUACAUUACCCUGUGAGGAUCCCGAUGACAGUCCAGAGAAUCCACCUAGUACUAGUAAAGAAACACAACCUCCUCCGCCAUCGGAACCUUUACAAAAGAAAAAUCCCCUCAAGGAUAUGGUCGAAGGUCAAAUAGGUAAAUUAGUUCGCUACAAAUCAGGUAAACUGAAGCUAGUCCUUGGCGAGGCUCAAUUCGAUGUUACAAUGGGCAUAGAAACUGGAUUCCUACAGGAUCUAAUGUCAAUAAGCACAAAUCGAGAAGAACGAAGUGGAAAUAUGAUUAAUUUGGGACCAAUUCAAGCCAAACUGACUGCCACUCCUGAUUGGGAGUAUCUUCUUAAAUAAGAAACAAACAAAGAGACAGAGA